AUGUGCACCGUAACCAGCGCCACCGGAUGUGGAGGUGACCUGACGGCUCCUUCUGGUGGCCCUGUGACGUCACCCAACUAUCCCGGUAACUAUGGCAACAAUGAGAACUGUGAGUGGCUGAUCACUGUACCAGAAGGAAGCAUCAUUAUCCUCACGUUUGACAGCUUCGACACUGAGGAACGUUGGGACUUUCUCACCAUCUACGAUGGAGCCAGUGAUAAUGCGAAAGAGAUAAAAAAGCUAACGGGUCGCCACUCGCAAAUUAGCCCCAUCAUCAGCACAUCCAAUACGAUGUUCCUGAGGUUUACAUCUAGCCGUAGGAUCAGCCAUCAGGGGUUCCAGUUCAACUACACAAGCAGUUCUGCAGGCCAAUGCUGGGAUCCUGGUGUACCGGCCAAUGGGAACAGGGAUAACAACAGUAACUUUACAUCAGGACAGACAGUCAGGUACACCUGUAUGGACGGGUAUCAGCUGAGGGGGACUGCUAAUAUAACCUGCCAGCCGGACGGGACUUGGAAUGGUGCUACACCAACUUGUGAAGUAACCAGCGUCACCGGAUGUGGAGGGAACCUGACAGCUUCUUCUGGAGGCCCUGUGACGUCACCCAACUAUCCCGGUAACUAUGGCAACAAUGAGAACUGCGAGUGGCUGAUCACUGUACCAGAAGGAAGCAUUAUACGCCUUACGUUUGACAGCUUCAACACUGAGUUCAAUCGGGACUAUCUGACCAUCUACGAUGGAGCCAGUGAUAAUGCUCCAGAGUUGAAAGAGUUAACCGGUGACCAAUCGCAAAUUAUCCCCAUCAUCAGCACAUCCAACACGAUGUUCCUGAGGUUUACAUCUAACAAAAGGGUCAGACGUCAGGGGUUCCAGUUCUCCUACACAAAUUCCAGCAGAAUCCGUCUUGUUGACGGACCAAACGAGGGCGUUUUGGAAGUUCGACCGGCCGACAGUUGGACUUGGGGCAGAGUCUGUGCUGAACACUUCGACCUAAGGGACGCAGACGUUGUUUGCAGGAUGCUGGGCUACAUCUGGGCAAACGGCUUUUCAAUUUUUAAAUACGGUUCGUCUUUUGUUGUCUCACAUCGACCACGGCUGGCCUACAUGGCUGACCUACAAUGUAAUGGGAACGAGAGUAGCCUGUUUGACUGCUCGUACGCAGGAUGGGGGAUUCACGACUGUCAGAAUAGAAGAUAUUCCGGCGUUGUCUGCGGGGUUGUCACAAGUCAAUAUUUUCCACCAUGUAUAUAUAUAUAUGUGAUGAUAUAUCUAGAUCCCAGCAGAAUCCGUCUCAUCGGUGGUUCCGGGCCUAACGAAGGACGCGUGGAAGUCCGACCAGAGGACAGUGUGACCUGGGGCACAGUUUGCCACAACCGUUUCAACAUGGACGAUGCAGACGUUGUUUGCAGAAUGCUGGGUUAUCCUAACGCUACCCAGGUUCGAAAUGAUGCAUAUUUUGGCCAAGGAACAGGACCAAUCUACAUGGAUGACGUACGAUGUGAUGGUAACGAGACCAGCCUCUUCAGCUGCUCUUACGCAGGGUGGACGAUUCACGACUGUGAUCAUGGCCAAGAUGCAGGCGUGGUCUGUCGUACAUAUUCCAGCCGAAUCCGUCUUGUCGGAGGUUCCGGUCCAAAUGAGGGGCGUGUGGAAGUCCGGCCGGCCGACAGUCCCAGAUGGGGCACAGUUUGUCACAACGGUUUCGACUUGAAGGAUGCAGAAGUUGUCUGCAGGAUGCUGGGCUAUCCGAAUGUAUAUGGAGUUCGCCCUUAUGAAUAUUUUGUCGCAGGAACGGGACCGAUCUACAUGGAGGACCUACAAUGUGAUGGGACAGAGAGUAGCCUGUUUAACUGUUCGCACAAGGGAUGGGGAAUUCAUGACUGCGAGCAUUCUGAUGUCGUCGGCGUUGUUUGUGAUCACAUCAGAAUCCGUCUUGUCGGGGGUUCCAGUCGGAAAGAAGGACGUGUGGAAGUCCGACCGGCCGACAGUAUGACCUGGGGCACAGUUUGUCACAACCAGUUUGACAUAAAGGAUGCAGACGUUGUUUGCAAAAUGCUUGGCUACCCCAGUGCCCAACUAGUUCGUAACGAUGCGUAUUUUGGCCAAGGAAGAGGGCCAAUCUACAUGGAUGACCUGCACUGUACUGGGGACGAGAAUAGCCUGUUCAACUGCUCGUACCCAGGAUGGACGAUUCACGAUCUAAACUGUAACUACGACCAAGCUGCAGGCGUGGAGUGUACAGCACAACCUUUCCUGUUGGUUACUACCGAGGAUGGAAUAUUUCAAAUUGAAGUCAAGGACGGGUCAAAGGUCAAUGUGUUAUCAGGAUGGCACCUGUCACUGGACUACGACCCUAUGACUGAUUUCAUGUACUGGACAACUGAUGAAGGCAUUGAACGGGCUCGUCGUGAUGGAAGUAGGCUGGAGACCAUUGUGGAGUUUGAAACAAACACAUACGGGCGUAGCCUAAGAUUGGACCAUGCUGGUGGGAAUGUGUACUGGAGCGACAAUGUAGGACACAUCUCAGUAGCCCGGAAGGACGGAUCGUUUGUCAGGACACUUCUGACAUUACAAGGCUUCGCUGAGAGGCUGGUCCUGGAUCCCAGAAACGGACUCAUGUACUGGGUGAGCAACCGCGACAGUAUUGACCGAGCAGCGAUGGACGGCAGCAACCACACUACUAUCAUCAGGAAUCUAACUCUUGCCCUUUCCAUUGCAAUAGACUACACAGAGAAUCGGCUGUACUAUUCCGAUCGUGAGGCAAUCUACAGCUCAGACAUGCUCGGCAACAAUACACAACUUGUUAACCGAGAAGGGGAACGUGUCCCAGGGAUAGCGCCUGUUCCUCGUCCAAUGGAGGAUGUCGGGAGCUUUGCCUUGCGCAUCCAGAAGGAAGAACGUGCGCCUGCCGGGAUUUAUGGGAACUGCAGGAGGAUGGACUGA